UCUUUUAUAUCAAUAUCAAUCCACAAUCCUUACCCACCUCUGCUUCACCCUCACAAUUUUCCCAUCAAAUUUUUUGUAAAAUUUCCAAAUCUAUUAUUAGUACUAUCAUCUACUACACCUUUUACCCCAAUCAAAACCAACACAACGCCACAAAAAAAAAACAGUACAAAGAAAAAAAAACACUCUCACAUACACUGUACCCCUGUACCACAUCAUUAUUGUUUAGUAUUUUCUUUUUACCUUAUCACUAUACCCGCUUCCCCUGUUUCCUCUGUUCUAGUUCCUCUGGCUAUUGGGUGCCCUUGUUUUGCAUUUUUGAGAGGCUUUUCGGGGUGCCCAUUUGCUGAAUUUGAGUCUGAGAGGUUGUUUUGGCAUUGCAUUAUAGAGUUGUUGAGGGAAGUUGAGGAAUUUAUUGGUGGGGUGGGUUUGAAUGGGGAUUGAGAGGACCUUGGCUGAUAGAAAAGGAAGAGACUUUUGUGAAUUGCCAAGAGAAACCAUUGCCAGCAGCAACUCAAGGAGGAACCGGCGGCGGCAGAGGAAGAAGCCGCCGGUUCAGAAGCUUUUCGAGACUUGCAAGGUUGUCUUUGCCUCUGCAGGGACAGGCUUUGUCCCUCCCCAUGAGGACAUUGACGAGUUGCAGUCUGUUCUAGAUGGAAUAAAGCCAGAAGAUGUUGGUUUGAGACCAGAUAUGCCGUAUUUCAGGACAAGUGCCACUCAGAGAGUGCCAAGAAUCACGUACCUGCACAUAUAUGAGUGUGAAAAGUUCUCGAUGGGGAUAUUUUGUUUGCCACCUUCUGGGGUCAUUCCUCUUCACAAUCACCCUGGAAUGACGGUUUUCAGUAAGCUACUUUUUGGCACUAUGCACAUCAAGUCAUAUGAUUGGGUCGUUGACUUGCCUCCUGAAUCUCCUACAACUAUCAAACCAUCAGAAAAUCAAGGUCCUGAGAUGAGGUUGGCCAAAGUUAAGGUUGAUGCUGAUUUCACUGCUCCCUGCAACCCCUCCAUCCUUUAUCCAGAAGAUGGGGGCAACUUGCACUGUUUCACAGCAGUGACAGCAUGUGCAGUUCUAGAUGUGCUUGGUCCUCCAUAUUCUGAUGCUGAAGGCAGACACUGCACAUACUACCACAAUUUCCCCUUUUCCAACUUUUCAGCGGAUGGAUUAUCCAUACCAGAAGAGGAAAAAAAUGCUUAUGAAUGGCUACAAGAGAGGGAGGAACUUGAAGACUUAGAAGUUAAUGGAAAAAUGUACAACGGUCCCAAGAUUGUUGAGAGCUAAUAAUCUUAUCCUCUUAAGUACACCAUCUUUCAGUUUUUGUGCUGCUGCCUCCGCCGCCGCCGCCGCCACAUACCCUUACAGAAAAUUUUUCUAUCAAUUUCUUUCUUUCAAAUAGAGAAGCAGCGCAUGUAUUCUUGUACCUUUUUUCCUUUAUCUUUAGUAGUGUUUUUUGUUUUCUUAAUGGAACAUGAGAGGCACUUGCCAUGCCCUUGGUGCUGUUUUUCAGUCUAUAGUUCUUUUCUUGUACAUACCAAGAAACAGAAAAAAAGGACAAAUUAAGGAGGUGCCGCACCUGAAAUUGAACUUGAAUGAAGGUGCAAUGCAAUGAGCUUAAAUUAGCCUUAUUUUGUUGGCUAGUUGGUUAAUUCAUUUAAUUCACUUUCGGAAGAUUUAAAGGUUCUUUAUACACAAUUUGAUGUAUUUAAUAAAUUGGUAUGACAGCUUCUGUGA